AAAAGUCUUCUCUUCAACUUCCUAGCGGGAAGCGGCGAUCGGGAACUGUCCACGAGCAGCAGGAAUCGAGGAUACAGCAGUUAUUCAAACAUGAGACUGUCCCGAGCUGAAUAUAAAGAGAUUGUGAGAUGGACUGAACAACUCAGACCUACCCGCCAGUGUAUGAAGAUGCUGAAGGACAGAUUUCCAAAUCACUCGCAGUCCACUCUUCUGAGCAUCUUCUCCCUGGAGUACCAGAAACGGACCAAAAGGACAAUCUCAAGACACCACGCAUCAGAUGUUAUUGAAAGCCACUACCAGAGGUAUCUGAGUGAGGCCAAGGCACAUCCCUCUGCUCCUGUCCUGCUGGAGUUGGCCAAUGAGGUGGAUCUGUCUCCUGCACUGAUGGCUCGCAUCAUCCUGGAAAGGUUUCUUCAGGGCCUGGACGGUGAAAUGCCCUCUAAAACAGUCCUCAACAGCAUGCUGAAGGAGCCGUCACUGAUUCCAGAUCCAAUUUUGGCCAAAAACAUCUACCAGUGCACAAUAAAUGACUGCUGUUAUGGACCGCUGGUAGACUGCAUCAAACAUGCUAUCGGCCAAGAGCAUGAGGUGCUGCUGCGUGACAAACUGAACGAGAGGAACCUUUCCUUCCUGGAUGAAAACCAACUGAGAGCUAUGGGCUACGACAAGACACCCGAUAUCAUCCUGGAGGUUCCAGUUGCUGUGGAGGGCCACAUCGUACACUGGAUUGAGAGCAAAGCCUCUUUCGGUGAUGACCACAGCCAUCGCACAUACCUCAAUGAGCAGUUCUGGAGCUACUGGAACAGGUUUGGUCCAGGCCUUGUGAUCUACUGGUAUGGUUUCAUAGGAGAGCUGGACUGCCAGAGAGACAGAGGUAUCCUGCUCAAAGACUGCUUCCCUACAGACAUUGUCACCUUGUGCCAUGCGACCCAGCACUACCAACUGCCAGAGAUCGCAAAUGAGGACAAAGAGUGAGAAAAUAUUACAAAAAAAAAAAGCAAAGAUGGGAGAAUGAAUGGGAGGAAAGAGGUGAGACAACAAGGAAGGUAGGAACAGUGAACUAUGCAGGGGUGGGUCCCUAAAUCCGGAAGCAAUUUGGCUUUCCUGCAGUGUGAGACUACUGGCACAAAAAAAAUAAUAAUCUGCCCUGAACUCCACCUGACCCUCUCUCUCUAUCCGUCUCUCCCUUUCUUCCUCUCAUUCACUGCCCCGAAGCGACCACAUGUAAAUACACACCGGCGUUCUGUAUACCUGACAGCACAGGGUCAUAUUCGUACCUGCAUGUGAAAACAUCGUCUUGCAGGCUUUUCUGGUUGUGCUCGACACCUGGCCCUUGGAUGGCCUCUCACAGUGGACGGCGGCGGUGCGAGCCCGGGCCAAAGCAGGACAUAAGGCCCUUCCUUAUCUCAGCCAAAGCCCUGGCCCUUGUCACUCCUUCCUCCUCCGUUCUAUAGGCAGAUAAAGAGAGGUGCAGUCUGGGGGCUGGGUGGACGCCUGUCUCUCACCUGCGUCACUCACUGCCCUCUCAGUCACUCUGCAUGGGGGUAAACAGGAUCAUUUCUGAUUAAGGCUGGCCUCACAGCGACCUUUUUCACAUUAUAAAUCUUUUUUUAGGACAGUGGUUUCAAGCAAAUGUUCGUGCUGAAGCUACAUUUCAUUCCACUGUGUGACUUUCUUCAAACUGCAUUGUUUUAAUUAACUAUAUUGAAAUAACUGUCAAUGAUUUCACCAUAAAUUCUUGCAUCUUGGGUUGUUUUGUUUUUUUAUCUGACUUGUUUUCAGUCUGUUGCCUAUAUAGUUAAAAACAUUUUUUUUUGUAUUUAUUUUGUACUUAUUGUUUGGGUUUAAUGUAAAAUUCCGAUCAUUAUUGAUUAAGCUGUCAGCUUUUUGUCAUUAAUUAGUUAAUCAUUUAGUCUGUAAAAUUUUAGGAAAGUCAUGAACCAUUUCCUAGAAGCCCUAACUUUAGAUUGUUAGGUAUGUGGUGGCAGCAGCCCAAUGCCCAAACAUUUUCAUUUUACAGAAAUACAAAACACUGAAAAGCAUAUUGUCACAGUUGUGAAGUUAGUUUGACAAAUUGUGUUAAACCAUUAGUUUACUGUUAAAAUUAAUCGUAUAUGAAAUAGGCUGUAUUUUCUGAAAAGAAAUGAAUGGAUCUGUUGAGACAGAUGAGUGUACGAUUAAAUAAAACUCCAAAUAAAUUGUAAAACAAAAACCUUGAAUCACCUUCUGUUACAUUCACUUUUUAACGUGUGAUAAUUUAAAAGAACGUUUUUAUUGUCCUGUACCAUUUUUUUAAUGUCUAUUAUUAAUAAAUAAGUUUUGAGAAACUA